CAACUUGAUAAAAAUAACUAUACUAUUUUACCACUAUACUACCUUUGAGAUACUACUUGGAUUUAUUUUGAUACAAAUAAAAAUUUAAAUAGAUUUAAGAAAGAAAAAAGAGAAAUGGCUAAGGCAAUGAGAAAAGGGAAAGAUUGGAAGAAAGCAGUGCAAAAGGUUAUUCAUGCCUCACCUUUACAGGUAACCAUUCCAGCAGGAAUGGCAAAUCCUAAACCACCAUUGGGAUCACAACUUGCACAGAGAAAUAUUAAUGUAGCAAAUUUUUGCAAAGAUUUUAAUCUAAGGACAGAAAAUAUUAAAGAAGGUAUACCUCUACCAUGUCGUGUUAAAGUAAAAUCUGAUGGGACUUAUGAUUUAGUAAUUCAUAAACCACCAGCCAUAUAUUUUUUGAAACAAGCAGCUGGAAUUCAAAAAGGAAAAAUACCAAAUGAGGAAGUAGCAGGGAAAAUAACAUUUAAACAUUUAUAUGAAAUUGCUUGUAUUAAGGGGCAAGAUCCAACUUUAGCAUUAUUAACUUUAGAACAAGUUUGUGUAAUGCUUGUUGGAAUAGCUAGAACUUGUGGUAUUAAAAUUGUACGUGAAUUAGAUCCAGCAGAACAUGCACAAUUUAUGGAGGAGAGGAAAGAAAAUGUUAAUAAAUUCUUGGAAGAGUUAGAAGCUGCCAAAGAAACCAAGAUACGUAGGGCAGUUUAAAAUACAUUAUUUAGAACAUUUGUUGUACAUAAUU